AUGUCAUCACCGUCUCCCAUUAAUCUAUCUCGGGGCUGGCCUGCGUCGGAUCUGUUCCCUACUCAGAUCCUACAAAAUGCGGCAGUGUCUGUUUUGUCAAAUCCCAUCAUAACAGAGCAAGGGCUAGGAUAUGGCCCAGAUGAAGGGCACUUUGAACUCAGAAAGAACAUUGCGGACUGGCUGAGCAGAAAUUAUAGCCUCUCGAGAGCACUGAGCGCAGAGCGUAUCUGUAUCUCUGGAGGUGCCAGCCAAAAUCUAGCAUGUGUCCUACAGGUUUUCGCCGAUCCCAUGCAUACAAGAUACGUGUGGAUGGUUGAACCAAUUUACCAUUUAGUAUUUGGUAUCUUUGAGGAUGCCGGCUUCUACAAUCGACUAAGAGCCGUGCCCGAGGAUGAGUGUGGCAUAGACGUGGUCUUCCUCGAAAAAGCUCUCAAGAAGAGUGCUAUAGAUCAUCAACCUGUGACGCUCCCGGAACGUCCUUACCGGAAGACAUACACACAUAUCAUCUACUGCGUCCCCACAUUUUCCAACCCAUCCGGAAUCACAAUGCCGCUGUCACGGCGCGAAGCCCUUGUACGCCUCGCGCGCAAGUAUGAUGCUCUCAUCGUCAGCGAUGAUGUUUAUGAUUUCUUGAACUGGGAGCCAACAGAUGCCGCAGAUGGUGAGAGUACCCGUUUGCCGCGGAUCAUUGACGUGGACACAUAUCUAGAUGGAGGACCACCUGGUCUGUUCGGAAACUGUGUCAGCAACGGCAGUUUCAGUAAGAUUGUUGCGCCAGGAUGUCGGGUUGGAUGGGCGGAGGGAACCCCAGAGUUCAUCCGUGACCUCUCUGCAGCGGGCUCGUCCCACUCUGGUGGUGCACCUUCGCAGCUCAUGUCGACCUUCAUCAACGAUAUGUUUGAGAAUGGCUCUCUUGACAGACACAUACACGGGACGCUUCUGUCAGCGUAUUCUCGGCGUGCUCGUGCUCUCACUGCGGCUAUCAAGCAGCACCUUCUUCCACUUGGUGUGAAUUUUGUCUCUGACUCGGAAACUUAUACGGUACUCGGAGGUUACUUCAUAUGGCUUAAGCUCCCAGUUUCUCUAAACGCUAAGGAGAUAACUGAAAUAGCACUCAGGGAGGAGAACCUAGUGGUUGCGGAGGGAGAGCUAUUUGCUGUGCCUGGGAAUAACCUACCAGAAAAUGAGCUGAAACAUAGACUUAGACUAUGUUUUGCCUGGGAGAAGGAGGAGAAGCUCAAUGAGGGGGUGGAGAGACUGAGUCGGGUUAUACGGACCGCACUUGGCGGUAUAUAG